AAGAAACAUGGCCCCCCUGAAUACGGAAGAUAAACAAGCGAAAGCUUAACUUGGUAUUGCCUGACUUGCAAAUAGAGUAUAAUUUACGAUUUCAACAUGUACAGUGGUCUACUUCCCCCUGGUAUGAAUGAAAGUGAUGUGGAAUUAAGUUCUGACGAUGAAAUUCAAGUAGACUCUGCCAGAGACAGCGACAUUAAUUCCAAGAAAUCUGUACAACAAACAGGCUCUGAAGCAAAACUGGAUAACUACCUCGAUUCAAAAUCUAGUUCAGUAUCGGAGACCACCACCAUCAAUAUUGAGGAAGUCGAGCAGAGUGAUGCUUUUUCAGAGGAGUGUCCAGGAGGAGUUUCUCUUCAGCUAUGGACAAAAUUUAAAGCGCUUCAGAAUAAAAGGUCUGAAAUGAAGGCCUCGGAACAACUUGGAAGAAGGAAGCGAAAAAGAAAACGGAAAAAAGGAGGAAAUCAAGCCUGUGCAAUACUUGAAGAUGAGAUGCAAAAUGAAAGCAAGCAGCAGUCUGAGCGUGAAGCACAUUGGAAUGGGCUUAAGCAGUACUUUGGAGUAAAUGAUAGGCUGGAACAUCCUGCCUGCAGCAGGCCUCUUCCCAUGACAAGCCUAGAAAAGAACAUUGACAAGGCCAUAGCUGAAGGGGACCUAGUACAAGCUGAGGCACUGAGUGACAGGCUAGCCACUCGUGAGCUGGGUGUGAAGAUUGCUCAAGCCGCAAAUUCCCGUGACUUUGUUAAAGCCAGGCAGGAAGUUGAAGCAUCCCGGAAAGCCCUUAAAAGGAAGAAACAAGUUGCUUGGGGAUUUGAAGCCAAGAAGAGAUGGGAAACAAAAAGCAACAUGGGAUACAUGUAAUAUAAACUGCAAAAGACCUGAUCAAGCUCCCAAAUUUGUACCAGGAUUAGCCAAGACGUUUUAAGAGACUGCUGCCAAGGAACACAAAUACAGCAGUUGUUUUUCUUCCAGCAUUGUGUUUUUGAAUCAGAAGACAUUCUCAAGGACUUGGAAUAAUAUUGGUUCAGUACAAGGUCCCCAUGGAUCAUAUAUUGCUAUUUUUUUUUUAAUAAGCCAUUUUUUGAAGAUCAUAAAGAAUCGAAUAUCUACUCGGAUACAGGCAUAUAAAACUGAUCAGCCAGUGUUGUUGAAAACACUAUUCUGUAAAGAGGAAAGUAAUCCUUUCAUGCAGAGAGUGUUAUAUAAAACAGAGUGCUGAAAAAAUACUCAUCUGUGACUAAAAACACAAGAGUCUCACAACAGAGGGUUGUAUUAUACAGCAUUGGUAUUAUUCACAGUUGGAUUUGUUGAAUAUUACAUGAGCACCUUACAUUACAAAGUUAUUAUAAAAUGGUAUUUGCUUUGGUGAAAAAUUGUGAACAAUCCCAUU